AUGGUGGCGAAGAAGCCGGAUCAACUGUGCCGCAUUGAAGACUUUGUGAAAAAGAGAACACGGAACAGACAGAAAAAGGUGUUGGUGAAAUGGCUUCACUGGCCUAAGAAGUACAAUUCGUGGAUUCCAGAAGCAGACGUUGUUCGAUAUCAGACAACCAGCACAAAUAGUCAGGCUACGCUGCAGGGAAAGGAACAAUUUCAGCUCCUUCUAAGAAGUUUUGCGAUGAAGCUGCUCCUCGUCCUAACCUGCGUAGCUAUAGCGAGUUGUCUGCCCGUCAGUGAGGUCAUCAACGAUGACGUCAUCUCCACAGAUCUUGUGGUGAAACGCAACGUGAUUGAAACACUGAAACAUGCGGCCGAAGCCGUUGUGGAUAAAGUCCAACAUCUUGACGCAAUGACAGUUCUAAGCGGCGCUUCUAAGUUGGCUGGUAUUGCAAGUAGCAUAGCUUCGAUUGUAGCCCUUUUUGGAAAACGUGACAUCGAUACAAGAAGUUUCUUGGGUGAUAUUCACAAUUGUGGGAUACGCUGGACCCCUGACUGUUCACUAGUAUUUGUUCGAGACGUUUCGGAAAGGAAUAUCGAAACAAGAGGUUUCUUGGACAAUAUUUGGGGUGAACUACAGAAAGUUAUUUCGCACAUUCCUACAGAACCCAUAUUUCUAGGGAAAAGAGAUACUGACGACAGACGUCAGAUCGUGACCGUUAUAGACCCAGUGGUGAAACGCAACGUGAUUGAAACACUGAAACAUGCAGCCGAAGCCGUUGUGGAUAAAAUCCAACAUCUUGACGCAAUGACAGUUCUAAGCGGCGCUUCUAAGUUGGCUGGUAUUGCAAGUAGUAUAGCUUCGAUUGUAGCCCUUUUUGGAAAACGUGACAUUGAUACAAGAAGUUUCGUGGGUGAUACUCAUAAUUGUGGGAUACGCUGGACUUUUGGCUGUCCAAUAGAUUUUGCUCGAGACGUUUCGGAAAGGGAUAUCGAAACAAGAGGUUUCUUGGACCAUAUUUGGGGUGAACUACAGAAAGUUAUUUCGCACAUUCCUACAGAACCCAUAUUUAUUGGGAAAAGAGAUACUGACGACAGACGUCAGAUCGUGAGCGUUAUAGACCCAGCCUUGUGUCAUGGUCCAAAAAUGCCAAUUGCAUGCUUUGCACUGGGAAAAAGGAAUAUAGACGUCAAACGUCAGAUCGUGAAUGUAAUAGAUCCAUCCUUGUGCCACGGUCCAGUAAUUCCGUUUGCAUGCUUUGCACGAGGGUGAAAAAAUAUCUUCACACAAACUUACGUGUCUCGUGGACGGACGUGCGGAUAUUUAUUCUGAAACUGUAAACCAUGAUCAUAUCAAACACGUUUUAAAUAAACCAAUGCACGUU